AUGGAGAAGACUAACUCCGAUGAUGAAAUUACAAGAACUCUUGCUCAAAUUAAGCAUAUUAUUUUAAUUCUGUCUGGUAAAGGUGGUGUAGGUAAGAGUUCAGUUACCACUCAAACUGCAUUAACGUUAUGUGCACAAGGCUUCAAAGUUGGUGUCCUGGACAUUGAUUUGACUGGACCUUCUUUACCUCGUAUGUUUGGUAUUGAAGAUAAAUCAAUCUAUCAAUCAGAGGAAGGCUGGAUACCGGUGCCAGUAGAUGUUGGAAGUGAAGGUUCCUUGAGUCUUAUAUCACUUGGGUUUCUUUUGAAUAGCCGAGGAGAUAGUGUUGUUUGGAGAGGUCCUAAGAAAACUGCUAUGAUAAAACAAUUCAUGAGUGAUGUAAAAUGGGGGCAAUUGGAUUAUUUACUGAUUGACACCCCACCUGGCACUUCUGAUGAACAUAUAUCCAUCGCAGAACAACUCCGAUGGUCAAAUCCUGAUGGUGCAAUCAUUGUUACAACACCACAGGGAAUAUCCACUGCAGAUGUCAAAAAGGAAAUAAAUUUUUGUAAAAAGGUUAAUUUUAAAAUCUUGGGUAUUGUUGAAAAUAUGUCUGGUUUUAUUUGUCCAUAUUGUGCUGAAUGUACAAACAUUUUCUCUAGUGGAGGUGGGAAAAAAUUGGCAGAGGAGUUCGAUGUACCAUAUUUGGGGAAUGUGCCAAUUGAUCCAAAAUUUGUAGAGAUGAUCGAAACCCAGGAUAAAUCAAAUGAAACAUUGUUAAAUUUAUAUAUUAACGCCUCACUAUACCAAAUAUUUCAAACUAUAAUUAAAAACAUAACAGAUCAAAAUAUCCCUUCAAGAUCAUGA